GGUUUGAUGCAGGAGAGAACCAUGGCGGCCACUGAGAUAGCACGACAAGCGGGAGAGGGUGCACGUGCUGUCCCACUCUCUGGUCAUGUUGGCUUUGACAGCAUGCCGGACCAGCUGGUCAACAAGUCCGUCAACCAUGGUUUCUGCUUCAAUAUCCUCUGUGUGGGGGAGACGGGUUUGGGAAAGUCAACCCUCAUGGACACCCUGUUUAACACCAAAUUUGAGGGCGAACCUACACAGCACAAUCAGCCUGGAGUGCAGCUCAAAUCCAACACUUAUGAGCUGCAGGAGAGUAAUGUCCGACUCAAGCUCACUGUGGUCAACACUGUAGGAUUUGGAGACCAGAUCAACAAAGAGGACAGUUACAAGUCUAUUGUGGAGUUCAUCGAUGCUCAGUUUGAAGCGUACCUUCAGGAGGAACUGAAGAUUAAACGCACACUACACAGUUAUCAUGAUACACGGAUCCACGCUUGCCUGUAUUUCAUUGCUCCCACUGGACAUUCGCUUAAGUCCCUUGACCUGGUGACUAUGAAGAAGUUGGACAGUAAGGUAAAUAUCAUCCCCAUCAUUGCCAAAUCAGAUGCCAUUUCAAAGAGUGAACUUGCCAAGUUCAAAAUCAAGAUCACGAGUGAGUUGGUGAGCAAUGGCGUCCAGAUCUACCAGUUUCCCACUGAUGAUGAGACCGUGGCGGAGAUCAACUCAACUAUGAAUGGUCAUUUGCCUUUUGCAGUGGUGGGAAGCACUGAGGAAGUGAAGAUUGGGAACAAGAUGGUGCGAGCACGCCAGUACCCAUGGGGAACCGUCCAGGUGGAGAAUGAGAAUCACUGUGAUUUCGUGAAGCUGAGAGAGAUGCUGAUCAGGGUCAACAUGGAGGACCUGCGGGAGCAGACCCACACUCGCCAUUAUGAGCUUUAUCGCCGUUGCAAACUGGAAGAGAUGGGAUUCAAAGACACUGACCCCGAUAGCAAACCUUUCAGCCUUCAGGAAACAUAUGAGGCCAAGAGGAAUGAGUUCAUGGGUGAGCUUCAGAAGAAAGAGGAGGAGAUGAGGCAGAUGUUUGUCCAGAGAGUCAAAGAGAAGGAGGCAGAGCUGAAAGAGGCAGAAAAGGAGCUGCAUGAGAAGUUUGAUCGCCUCAAGAAGCUUCACCAGGACGAGAAGAAGAAACUGGAGGACAAGAAGAAGUCUCUUGAUGAUGAGCUGAACGGCUUCAAGCAGAAAAAAACUGCUGCCGAGCUGCUGCAGUCACAGAACCAGCAGCCAGGGGGCUCCGCCACACUCAAGAAGGACAAAGAGAGGAAAAAUUAACUCCUCACCUGCUCCCAGUCCUGCAUGAGACACCUUAUGCUGCUUCUUUUAACUCUGUCUUGGCCACCUGUUGGAAGAGGGGAUCGCAGCUUCCACAAGGACUAAGCAUCCGCUCUUCUUCCUGUCUUUGUCACUCCGUCAGCCUUGUUUGAAUGUUUUAUUUAAUUUUUUUUAUUUCAUGCUGUGUGCCCUGUUAAACAUGGCCUUAUGUGGGCUUAACAUGGUAUUUUUCAACAAA